AUGGUGGGCAAAGUACGGACAAUGAUAUUUCUUCUGCUGCCACUCCACCAUGUGGUGAACAAAGCACAGACAAUUAAGUGCACUGGAAUGAAACCCGUGGACAUUCCUCAUGAGUGGUACCAGCCUGGAGAAAUUCUCAUUGGUGGGAUCACAACUCAUAUUCACUAUUUAAUUCCCAAGUUACGAUUCAAACAACACCCUUCUCGGGAGAUAAUGACUAUUCCAGGUUUAGUGCUAAAGCAUUACCAGCACAUCCUGGCUUUGGCAUUUGCCAUCAAUGAGAUCAAUGAGACGCCUAGCAUCUUGCCCAAUAUCACACUCGGGUUCCACAUCUAUGACAGCUAUGGGGAUGAACAAAUGACCUAUCGUAGCACUCUAGACUUGCUCUUCAAAUCACAUGGCUUUCUACCCAACUACCACUGUGGCAUCCAGAAAAAUGUCAUCGGGGUCAUUGGUGGACUUACCUCUGAUAUCUCCUUGCGAAUGGCAGAGAUCUUAGGACUCUACAAAAUUCCACAGAUUUCAUACGGCUCAGUGGAAUCAACCACAAGAAAUGGAAUCCACCUCUCUUCUUUUUAUCGCAUGGUUCCCGAUGAAUCCCUUCAAUACCUGGGCAUUGUGCUGUUACUUAAGCAUUUCAGAUGGAAAUGGGUAGGGAUCAUCACUCAGGAUGGCGAUGUUGGGCAGCAUUUCUCAGAAGCUUUGGAGGUAGAACUUUCCCAAAAUGGAAUAUGUUCAGCUUUUGCAGACAAAGGUGAAAAAAUGGCCUUAAUAAAUGAUGAGCUCCCACGAUUCCAAAAAUAUCUUCAGAUGAUAAAGCCAUUAUGGGCAAAAGGAGAUGGCUUCAUCAAGGAAUUCUGGGAACAAGCAUUUGAUUGCUUAAUAACAAAUUCCAGUCCUCCAGAAGAUGUAGAUGAAAUAUGUACUGGUGAGGAGAGGCUGGAGGACCUUCCUGAGCAUUUCUUUGAAACGAGGAUGACUGGUCGCAGCUACAAUAUCUAUAAGGCAGUCUAUGUUUUUGCACAUGCCUUACAUAGCAUGUACUCAUCUAGGUCCAGAUCCAGACACAUGGAGGACAGGGGCAAAUUGGAUGCUCUGAUUGUGGAAGCCUGGCAGCUCCAUUCAGUGAUUCAGAGGAUCUCAUUCAACAACACUGCUGGAGAUGAAAUUAUAUUUAACAAAAAUGGAGAAAUAGCAAUUGGUUUUGAUAUUACAAAUUUUGUCACUUUCCCAAAUAACUCCUAUGUCAGAGUCAACAUUGGGAAACUGGAUCCUCAACACCCUCCAGAGAAAAUGCUCACCAUUCACGAUGAGAAGAUCCAGUGGCAAAGUGCAUUCACACAGGUGCCUCCCCUCUCUUUAUGUAAUGACAUCUGCUAUCCUGGCUCCCACAGGAAGAAGAAGGAAGAGGAGAAAUUUUGCUGCUAUGAUUGUGAUCCUUGUCCAGAAGGGAUGAUUUCAAACCAGGAGGAUAUGGAUUCCUGCAUGACCUGCCCCAUCGAUCACAUUCCAAACAAAGGACAAAAUCAAUGCAUUCCCAGGAUUCUAACCUUCCUCUCUUAUCGAGAACUUUUGGGUAUCACAUUAGCUUUAUUGGCUAUUUUCUUUUCUACGAUCACAGCUCUGGUGCUGGGCAUUUUCAUUAAGCUACGAGACACUCCCAUCAUCAAAGCCAACAAUCGGAGUCUCACCUACCUUCUCCUCAUCUCCCUCCUCCUUUGCUUCCUCUGCUCCUUACUAUUCAUUGGGAAGCCUAAACCCAUCACCUGCCUCCUCCGACACACAGCUUUUGGCAUCAUCUUCUCCAUUGCCAUUUCUUCUGUUUUGGCCAAGACCAUCACAGUGGUCGUGGCUUUCAUAGCUUCCAAGCCAGGCAGCAUUUUCCGGAAAUGGGUAGGGAAAAGAUUGGCCUAUUGGACUGUCAUUUCUUGUUCCCUUGUUCAAGUUGGCAUUUGUGCUGUUUGGUUGGGCACUACUCCCCCAUUCCCAGAUCUGGACAUGCACUCCCUGUCUGGAGAAAUCAUAGUGACAUGCAAUGAAGGGUCACUUACCAUGUUUUACUGUGUUCUGGGCUACAUGGGAUUUCUGGCCAUUGUCAGCUUCACGGUGGCUUUUCUGGCCAGGAAAUUACCGGACAGUUUUAAUGAAGCCAAGUUCAUCACCUUCAGCAUGUUGGUCUUUUGCAGUGUUUGGCUGUCCUUUGUUCCAACAUAUCUGAGUACAAGAGGAAAAUACAUGGUGGUUGUGGAGGUCUUCUCCAUCUUGGCUUCCUGCACUGGGUUACUGGGGUGCAUCUUUUCCCCUAAAUGUUACAUAAUUCUGUUGAGGCCCGAUUUGAACAAAAGGGAGCUUCUAAAAAUGAGAAAACAUCCAAGCAUAACAUAA